CGCUCAACCCAUGCUUCUUAUUACAUUGCACUAGUGUGUGUAGAAUAGAACUCUACCCAUAUUUGCUUGUUCAAAAUCACACUUGAUAUGUUUAACUUAAAUUCAUUCAAUAAAACAAGUUACCCAAAUAAGGAGUAGCUUGUCUGACCUUCUUUCCCACUUCUUUUUCGUUUCGAUCAUUUUAUAUUUUGCAAUAUAAUUUCAAUUUGUGCAAAAUCCCAUUAUUUAAAAGAAUGCUUCCAUAAUUGAAAAUAGUAAAUUCAUGUAAAUAUUGUACAUAGUAUAAAUCGUGAGAGACAUUGAUAUAUUGACACGAACCUGUUAUUUUUAUGCUUAUUUAAUAUAAUUGGGUGGCAACUGACCCUGAUGACCCCCAAAGGUUGUAUCGUUGCCCCCAGUCAUAUAUCGAAAACUAUUUUUUUGAUAUUUGUUCAUGUGUGCAUAAAUUGUUUUCUUGGUUUGACAAAAUGAAAUAAACUCUCUCUCAAAUGAACUUAUUCAAUACUGUACCGGUGAUACGAGUAAAGUUACAUAGUCGGAUGACUCGGAUAUUCCACAAACCCAGUACCGUGAGCUCAGUUUUUAAAUUUUGAUAUGUCUGUAUGUAGCGUAUAUUAUUGCAAUAUUCUUCAGUACCGAUGACAGGAUGAGUUAUUUUGAGUAAACUCUGAGACCUGUAAGAAAUUAAUAUUACAAAGGGAAUUUUAAUACUAGGGAGUUCAGACAUUCAACGUAUCGCUUCACAGUUAAUCUUACAUACUUGUGUACUUACAGUAUUAUGAAUAUUUAAAUAUUGCACUUUUCAUUGUUUCACAUUCACUUAUUUAAGUUAUUUUAUUGUUUUUUAAAUUGUGAAUUUGCAGUUAUUUACAUACAGACAUAUGUAUCAGUAUCAUGUGAAAAUACAUAAAUAUGAGUGGAAAGUUGACUGAACUCUUCAAUAAUUGCUCUCUACUGGAUUCAUCGAAAAUAACUGAUCAAAACAAAGGUUUGAAUGGGAUUAAACUUUUUAUUGAAGAUUCAGAACUUGUGAGCAGAUUGAAUGAAUCAACAGAUUUAAAAAAAGGAUGGAAUUGGAACCAAGUAUUCAAAACUGUUUAUAAUUAUUUGGAAAAAGAAUCUGGGACAUUGUCCAAACAAUAUGAAUCUUGGGCUCUUUCGACAAGAAACAAUAAAAUUAAAAAAGUGCAAGAUGUACUUGUCUUAACAAAAAGAAUUCUACAAAUUGCAAAUGUUGACUUGGUUCGAAUUAAAGUAACAGGUCUUUUAAAUUUUCUUAUCAAUUGUUUACAUUCAAAUUUGUUUCGAUUAAAUUACGGUGUGAUGAUAUUAACUUUAAUAGAUAAAGAAAUUCUGGCUGAAAAAAAAUACAUCUGUGAUUUAACGAAAGAAGUUUAUGACAACCUUUUCAAGAUUUGCAUGCUCGAGCUGAUGCAAGAAGGAAAUGAAGCGAAGUUUGCGUCAUCUGUUUUGUUACGAUCUUUAACACAUGCUUUAGUUCUUCAAUCAGUCCCUAGUAGUUAUCACAAUCUACAAUCAAUUUUUGUUGAUGUGAUAAAAGGUUUAACUAAUGUAAAAACACCUACAAUAUGGGAGAAUGUCCUUACAGCUGUGAAUUUAUAUAUAAAAUGGUAUGCAGUUUCUUACCGAAUAUCGUGUUGCCAACUUGGCGAAGAUUGCAUCGAUACUAUUAUAUGUAUAUGGAUCGGAAAUCUUUUACCAGAGUCCACAUUAGGUCAAGUGAUUGAAUUUUGUUCUCGACAGAUUACGUUGCAUCAUCCUAGGAGAAGCAUAGACCCUUCUUCUUGUGCAUACGCGAAAGAUUAUGCGACAUGGCACACACAGCUGUUUUCUAUUUUAUUAGCAACAGAAAUGCAACUUUCAAAACAAUCAUGUUCUCUUUCAUAUAGAUUGAAAACGGAUAGAACUGUGGUAUUUAACAAGGGAUGUAUUCAACUUGCUGCGUCAGCAUGUUCUGUCCUGUUCGACCUUCAUUUGAAUCAAAAAUUCAAAGGUCAAAAAUCAACACCCAAUCAAGUUGGUGACCUUCUGUUGAACAAGAUCAAUUUUGAUGAUAAAAGUUCAUUUUCAAUAAUAUUCUCGUUUGAUAAAGACAAAAAGGUAACAAAUGCUGAACAGUAUUGGAUGGAAAUUCUUUCCUAUCUACUGCAAGGAAACGAGGAGUUCUUGAAUGUCACUGUUGCUUUAAAAAUUGCUGCUCAAUUCCAGCAUCUCAUUACAAAAGUAAAUCUCAACAAUAUUGGAAUUUAUUGUUUAAAGUGUUUGAGUAUUGUAUUCAAGACUGUAUCAUGUCACAUUCCAAAGGUCUUAAAAUCCUUUGAUUCUGAGUUAGCCAUUAUAUGGAAAGAUUGUUGGAAUGUCGCCACCACCUUUUUAUCACAAGCAACAAAAUCAGUAAUCAAUAACACUGUUCUAGAUCUUCUCACAACUCUUGUACGAUUAGAUGGAAAAUGUAAAGCAAAUUUUUUCAUUGCAACAAGAUGUGUAAAGAACACACAAAGCCUUUGGUCUUCUAUAUACUUACACAUUGAACCAAAUGAUCAUAGUUUGAAAUUUGUCAAAGCUUUUAUUGAUACCUAUGGUCUUAAUUCUACCCAGGAUGAUAAUAAUUUCUUCUGCACACUCUUGCAAACGUUGACUGUCAAUCCCACUUUUAUGAACUGUGAACCUUACCGUGUGAUGUCACAAUGCGACCCACUUUGCGUAUUAUUAUUACUUUGGAUUUUGGGAUAUAAAGAAGAAGAUUCUGACAGUUCUUCUCGUCAACAAAGUUUUACAAAAUCUGAAAAUUACAGUCAGACGCCUCUUCAAGAUUCUCCGAAAUUAAUGCCCACUUUAAACAUAGUUACAUGCAAAUCGGAAACAGAUAAAAUUGACACCACUGAAGUAGCCCAACUAUUAUUGGGCCUUUGUCAAAAAAGUAUAAUCUGUAAUGGAUGUCAUGUAAUCAAGUAUGUGGAUUCAAUCUCCUCUGAUAUAGUUAAUGAUUCUUUUGUUAAGUUUCAUAAUUCUGAAUUUGUUACGGUAUACAAAUAUUUUUCUGAUGAUACUAGAAAUGCAAAAGAAGUUGAUCCAUCUCAAGGGCCAGCUAAUAGAUCAUUGCAUAAACAUGUGAUUGAGUUUGUAUUUCACAUCCUGAAAACAGAUUUGUAUGUUAUUUCAUCCCGGGCUGCUGACCUUCCAAAUGAAGACAAUCCAAAUGAUUUAUAUAGCUUGUUAAAAGCAUUUUUCACUAUAGCCAAUAUCGCUGGGAAUUUACUGAAGGAAAUUUCAGUAGUCAAAGGUUUUGAACAGAAUACUCAACAAAUUUCUGAUGCGUGGAUUGCACAUGUUACAGAUAUGAUCAAAACAACAUUGUGUUGUUUGAAUAAAUGGCCAGCAUUGCAAAGUAAUUCUGAUUUAAUGAUGAUGAUUUUUCAUGAAUUUGAAAAAGUUGUUGCAAUAUUACAGGCCUUGCCAUUCGAUAGUACUGACAGUGAAAUCGUGUCCGGUUUACAUAGUAUUUGUGAAAUUGCUCUGUCAAUUUUAAAAUUAGGACAAACUGAGACUGGUUCAUCAAACUUAAAAGGCAGAUCAUUAUCAUCAUUGGAUACCAUGGGUGACGACUUUGACCUGACUCAAUUUAGUUUAUCAAAGUCAAGCACGGGUCAAAGUUCAGGUUAUAAACGAAGGAGAUAUGGUACGGCUAGCGGAGAUACACAACCCAUUUCUAAACAAAUCAAACGAUCAAAAUAUGAUGAUGAUAAUGUUCAUUGCAGUUGUGACAAAACGCAAUCAUUGUAUGCAUUUUGUGAUUGCAAAACCUUGUAUUGUUCUGCUAUGUUGUUAUUGUGCAAAGUGCAAAAAGUCCAAAUUUCUUCUGGGUUUGUAAAAAGUGCUCUUGAACUUGUGCAUGAUUUGCAAUUAGAAAAAUUUGCAAAUCUCAAACUAGUUUAUUCUAUGUUGAAUCAAUUCAGCUCUGGCUGCGUAAGCUCUGCCGAUUUAACUGCUGAAGCUUUGGAUUUGUUUCAUGAUGUCUUCAGCUCUUGGUAUAAAGACCAAUUUGUGUGUUCAAAGUUUCUUCAUCUUCUUGCUAAAGUUGUGUCAAAUUGUCAUCACAGUGAUACAAGCGAUGUGAUUGAAAAAACGGUUAAAAUAUUGAAUAUUUUUUGGAAAUUAUCAUUGAAAGGAAAGUGUUCACCAUCAGUGCAAAUGGGAAUUGCAUCAUGUUUGUAUUCCGUAUCGAGAAUUCAAUUGGAUAAACUUACUACCAGCAUCAGUGGAAGUUUAAUGAAAGAAGAUUUGAGUGAAUUAGACUUCACAAACUUUUUCGAUUGUUGUUUUGCAUUGAUGACAUUUACAUCAGCUCCCCAUGACAGUGUUAAAUUCCUCUGCACCUCCCUCAUUAGAUCACUAUUUUCAUCAUCACAGAAUCAUAUUGUUUAUGAAACUUUGCAAAAUGAAGUUCUAUUGUACAUAUUUGAGAGCUUUGAAAAUAACCUUCAAAAACAGAUAUCAGAAAGUGAUGGAAGAAAUGCAGAAUGUUUUACAUCAAUUUUGUCAUCUCAGCUUCAUUUAAUUUUUGCCGCUUGUCCACACUCAAUGCCUGACAUAGAGGAGCGUUCUCAUUAUCUUCUAUGCCUUCUAGCACAGUUCUGUAGCAAACAAAACUUUCCUUCAUAUGUGAAAAGGGUUUGUAAAUCCCUUAUAACAUCAUGCUUUGAUAGUUUUGCAAUGGAAGCUUUAAAUUCCCGAAUUGAUAAAGACAAAAUUAACCGUGAAAAACAUUUGUUUGAAUACAAAGCUCGGCAUUUGACUGGUAUAAUCAAGCGUCUGGUUGCUUCAAAUAAAACUAACUUAUGCAAUGCCGUUAUUUCAUUGCCUUCAUUUGUUUUUGGCUAUGAGAAUGUACAACAGCUGUGUGUUGAGUGCAGAAAACUGAUUUUUCCCAUUCUUUUCCUUAAAAGCAAAUCAUUUCAAGAACUAGAAACUGUUGUCGAAUUAUUUGUUCCACCAAGCGAUAGAACAUCAAGACCAUCUUUGAGUGGAUUAGUCAAAGCUUGUACACCUGAAAUAUUGUCCUUAUUUUUUGAAACUAAAAUGAAGAAAAAUACAUUUACUUUCGACGAAAGAACUGUUUUGUCUUAUUUUGAUGAUAUAUUUCAAACAAAUGGAACUAUUUUCGCUUUAGUUCAACAUCAUUUUGCACAUAUUCUUGUUGAAAUUCUGAUGCUAAUUGACAUUGAUUCACAAGGAAAUGCUGAUUCUAAUUCCUUUUUGUCUGCCAUCCAAUGUAUUUUCGAAUAUUAUGUCUUUCGUAAUGCUAAACAACUUCAAGAAACAAGCGAAGAAAAGUUGUUAGGCGAUUUGGUAAAAGCAAGUUUUGUCCGUAGAUCAGACGGUUGUUUGCUCGUUCAAAUAUUACUUAAUUUCCGUAAACAUAUUGAUGCAGCAUGGUACCCUUCGGAAUUAUUUCAAAAGAUGAAAGUAUAUCAAUGUUUUGUAGCUGCAGUUUUGAAAGCCGCCUAUGUUCCUGAUGACUUGGUAUCAUAUUUUAUAAAGGAUCUAGUCUACGUGGUUGGUUUAUACAUGAACAAGCUUGGUGAUAGAUUCAAAGUAUUACCAGAACUUGUUGGAAGAAUCGCCCUCACCAAUGGCUCUGUGGUGUGUUCGGAUUUAUUUAUUCUCUUGUUUGAAUUCACAAAAACAACGCCAAAUGGAUUUGCAGCAAAUUGUCUGAAUCAAUGGGAAAUAGCAGUGCCAAUUAUUAGUUCACUGAGGUUGUUAAAUACUUUUUCUGAUGAAAUACACUCUGACAAUACCAACAGCGUCUUGGGUGUAGUGAAAAGUUCUUUGGAGGAAAAGCUGCAGUAUUUAUUUUUAACAGUAAAUUCAAAAUUGCAUUCGGAUACUUUAAAUAAGCUAUUAGCGCUCUUUGACACAUCGGGUACUCCAGAUAUUUCUAACGCAGCUAUGUGUAUUGAUAUUGUCAUCAAUUCCUUUGAAAUUCUAAAAGAUCAUGACAUGUUAGAUACCCCAAACCCGAUUCUUGACUGUGUAUUAGGUGUUUUAGCAAAAACACUAAAAGAAAUGAGGAUUUUUCACUCUCAAAUUUCUGUAUCAUACUGUGAAUUACAAAAAGUUAUGGAGUCGUUGUUGAAUUUGCCUUUUUACGAAUAUCCAUGCACUGUGAAUGUAUAUGACUGCAUAGCAGAACUCUGUUCAUUUUUACCCAAGCAUCCCCCAGCAAAGCUGGUUAAAGAUCCUGACUACACAAAGUCAAAAUUGAGGCAAGAUAUUCUUCGUAUUUUAUCAAAGAGAAUCACAAGCUUUCGAUAUCCAUUAGCAAGAGAUGCAAUUGAUUGUCUCUAUCAAUUAUUCCAACUGCAGGAUGUUAAUGACCAAAUGAAGUAUAUAAAAGUUUUCGAUUCAUUUGUGGCUGAUGUACUAACGCCAUUUAGACUAGAAUUAUCAGAAAAUUUACAACUUGAGUUUACUCAAAGAAAUUUGGAUGAAUGUACGUUCUUAUCUCAAUGCUACACAUUUGAUUAUACCUAUAAGGAUUGGAUUUGUAAGUUAACAUCUGGUCUUGUCCGCUUUACCAAAAGUAAGAUGUUUCACAUUUUAACAUCUGUGUGUUCUAUUGAUGACCAAAUGUGCAACGCAAUACUUCCGUCUGUUAUACAUGAUGUUCUUGUAAAUGACCCAACAGGGAAAGCGAAGAAGUGUCUUUCUAAGUACUUGGAAAAAUGUUGCAAAUCUUUUUUGAUUUCUCCUAAAGAUAAAGCUCUUAUAAAAAAUGAUUACAGUAUGUCAAUGCAGACUGUGUUGAAUAUACUACAAUUCUUACGAACGCAAAGUAUUUCUGAUGUUGAAACCAAUCAGAAAAGACACAGUGGAAGAGCAGGAGUUGAGAAAUCAAAAUCCUCAUCAUGGGAAAAUAAUUUUUGGUUGGAUGUGAGCUAUCUUACUGCAGCAAAUGUAGCCGUUGUUUGCGGACAGCCAUACAAAGCAAUUCUAUUCAUUGAAAUAUGGUUAGAAAGACAUACACUACAGAAUACCAACCCUGAUUUAAGGGUUAUAGAUCUAACUAGUGAUAUUGGUGAAAAAAAUACCAGCUCUGUUGCAGAAAAAGCUGAAAGUGAAAAUAUUUUAGUAAAAGCAUUCUCUAUUAUUAACGAUUUAGAUAGCCUGUAUGGUUUACAAAAAAAUUGCACCAAUCAUUCAAACAUUACGAUUCACGUUCAUGAAGAAGAAAGAAAUUGGAUGGAGGUUUUAUACUCGUACAAUUCUCAGAUUCCUAAGAGUUUGCUUGAAGUAAAUACUUAUGAUAAGAUUCUAACAGCUAUUGGACAUUCUGGAUUAAAUCAUGUCAGCUCAACUUAUUUAGCUGGAAUGCAGUCCCAAUUAGCAAACUCUCAAAAUGUGGAAGCUCGAAACUGGUUAGUGGAACGCCAAUAUGAAGCGGCAUACAAGCUGAACCAAUGGGACCACGUUCCCAAAUUAGCAAGCUCUGAUUUAAACAAAAAAGGUUUUCAAGAAAAGUUUUUUAAUUGUCUAUCGUUGAUGCAUGAUUUCGACUCUUUAACGAUUUCUAAUAUUGAUGCACUGAGGCAAGACAUUCUUGCUUCCAUUCCAACGUUCAAGAGCAAACUUUUUCAUCUUGAUCAGGAGGUUUUAUCUUGUUUCGCUGAGCUUGUCUGCUUGAAAGAAUUAGCCGAUGUACACUAUCUUCUUAUGGGUGGAAAACAAAGCAGUUUCACAGAUGCUCUCAGCAACUGGAAUACACUCCUUAUAAAUAAUAAUUCAAUCUUAGAAAGUUCUUUACAUUGCAGCAAUUUGAUUUUAUCAACCCGUUGUAAUUAUACUCCAAUUCUUCAAUCAAAAUUUGGGGACUAUGCUUCGGUGGCACAACUACACGAAUUUGAUGAGAAAAAUCAAAUGAGGCAAGUCAGUGAGAUGAUUCGUGAGGGUCGUACGCGAGUUGCAUUACAAAAAUUAACUUCCAUGCGAAUUAAGUUUGAAAGUGACCCUGGCAAGUCAUUCAAAUAUCAUAAAACUUUGAUGGAGGAAGCUAUGUUAUUAUGGAAAAUGUGUAAAAAAUCUGAAGCUCUUUCAUUAUCUGAAAAAUUAUAUGAUUCACUCAAGAGUAACAUUGCAAACAGUGCCUCAACCUCGCGGUUCGAACUUGGAUAUUUGUUGGGACAGAUUUUGCUUUUGAGAGGUGAAUGGUUGGACUCAUCUAAGAUGGAACCUCCUUCGACUAUCAUGGAAGAUUAUUUCAAAAAGUCUGUUGACUUGGCGGAGCGAAUAAGCAAAGGAAAAAUAUCGUUUUCAAUCAGUAAAAAUGAAGUUCAAUCUUUAUGUAUUUCUGGCUACAGAUCUUUAGCGAAGUACGCUGAUAACCAGUACAUUGAGGUGAUAACUUAUAUGAAAUCAAAUGAGUUUGAACAUAAAAGAAACUUGGUAAGAGAAGCACAACAGGAGCUGGAGAAGGCACAAUCAAAAAACGCACCUCAAAAUCAAAAAUAUCUAAUUUUACUUCAGAAAAAUUUCAAAAUGGACCAUAAAGUGUUUAAUGAUAUUAUUGAGAAGAAAGAAAGGUUUUUGCUUUGUGCUCUUGAGAAUUAUGUCAAAUGUUUGUCUCUUUCAGAUUGUGAUGACAUUCUAAUGUACAGAGUGUGUUCUCUGUGGUUCGCAAAUACAACCAUACAAUCUAUACCCGGACUAAUGGAUUGCGCUUGCAAGCAAAUAAAAACAUACAAAUUUGUGCAACUGUCUUAUCAACUUGCUGCUCGACUAGAUGCUGAAUCCUCGGACACAAACUUCCAAAGCUCUUUGCAACAUCUUUUACACAGAAUGGCAAUUGAUCACCCGCAUCAUGUUUUGCCAGUUAUUAUGGCAUUGUCAAAUGCUUACAGGGAUUCAGAAGUAAUUAAGCCUAACUCAAAGAAACUGAAAACUCAAAAUUCAACAAGUAUCGCUGCCAAGGGACUUAUUUCACAAGUGAAGUCAACGAAUCCUGUUCUUGUAGAAUCGUUAGCAAAUAUAUCGGAUGCUUAUAUUCAACUUGCUAAUUAUGAUGCCUCGCGUUGGUCCAAAAUGUCAUCUGUUCCGGUUAGUUUCGAUAAAGCGUUACUCAUUUCUAAGUAUUGCACAACAGGUAAAAAUGAUGCGUAUGCUUCAUUAGCAAUUCCAACUGUCGAAUUACCUAUAGAAAAAAGUUGCAACUAUGAGGGGAUGUCUAAUUUUGUUUCGCUCAGAUGUUUCAAGCCAUAUUUUUCAUUGUGCGGUGGCAUAAAUUUGCCUAAAAUUGUGGUUGCAAUCGGAUCUGAUGGCAGAGAGCGAAAACAUCUAGUCAAAGGAAGAGAUGAUUUACGUCAAGAUGCAGUAAUGCAGCAGGUUUUCAAAGUUGUCAACACCUUACUCGUAACUGAAAAAAGGACAAAAAAUCAACUUCAACUUCGCACAUACAAAGUUAUACCUUUGUCACAACGAAGUGGUUUGGUGGAAUGGUGUGAAGGUACAAUUCCUAUCGGAACUUAUUUGAUUGGUACGCCAUCUCAAAAAGACUAUGGGGCACACCAUAAGUAUAGACCAAAUGAUAGCCUGAGUCUUGAAUGCAGAAGGAAACUUUCGGCUGCUAGUGGAAAACCUAUACACCAGAAAUUAGAGGUAUUCAGAGACAUUUGUAAAAAUUUCAAACCAGUUUAGCAUUUUUUCUUAAGAAAUUUCAUUGACCCAUUACAUUGGUUUGAAAGAAGAACAGCUUAUUGCAGAAGUGUUGCAACAUCAUCUGUAGUUGGAUACAUAUUGGGAUUGGGAGACAGGCAUGUUCAGAACAUUCUUAUUGACCAAUCAACUGGUGAGGUGAUUCAUAUAGACCUUGGUGUUGCCUUCGAGCAAGGACGUUGUUUACCAACGCCAGAAAUGGUUCCUUUUCGUCUUACUCGUGAUAUGGUCGAUGGAUUUGGCUCAUCUGGGGUGGAAGGAUCUUUUCGGAGAAAUUGUGAAAGAACAAUGAAUGUCUUACGAAACUCUGUUGAAACUAUUUCAACAAUUGUGGAAGUUCUAUUACACGAUCCUCUUCAUGAUUGGAUGAUGACAUCUGGAAAAGCAAUGCAGAUUCAAAAAACUGCUCAUGGAAAUCAAGAAAGUGAAAUGACCAGUUCAAUACUAAAUGCUUCGACUGUGGCAGAAUUACUAAAUGAUAAUUUAAACACGACAACUGCUGUAAACAGAAGUUCAUUAGCAGGAAGAGCUCUUCUUAGAGUUCAAGAAAAACUUCGUGGUUUGGAAUCUGGUGCUGUGUUAAGUGUUGAAGGACAAAUCAAUCUAUUGAUUCAACAAGCUACGGACUUUGAGAGGUUAUGUGCAAUGUUUGCAGGGUGGCAGCCAUAUAUAUAAUUGAAUUCAGAUACAAGAUGUUAGUUACAAGAGUUAUUAAGAUGGUAUUGCCCAUAUAAAUUGGAACAACACCCUUCCGAUGGUAAAUAUGGGUCCAAUGCUCGCACUGGCACCACUAAAGGGAAAAUAUAAUGAAAAAAAAAUAAUGCAGAUUACAAGAUCUGUGGCAAAAUUUUUGCAGAUAUUAUGUCAUUACCAUUUAUUAUAUUCAAAGUAUCAGCGGACCGUAUAUGUUUAUACAAUAGUUAAUUUUGUCUAAAAUUCAGUGACCAAAUAUUUCCACUCAAUAAUGUAUUAUUUCAUUGCACCAAUUCACCUUAUCACUGUUUCAAUUAAAAUCUGUAGUGGAGUAGUAUUUAUUUUUCUAUUCCGAAAUUUUUGUUUAAGUCAAAAAAUUUUUGUCAGUUCCAAAAUAGCAAGUGUUUCCUUUAACAAUUCUUCUUGGUUAUGGUGCUUGUAUAUCCAAUCAUCAUCGACUUGUCAGCAAUAUUUUAUGACUAUUUUUCCUAAUUUAUGUGCCUCAAAAGUUCCAUGCAUUUUCUUUGAACAUUUUUUUGUUGCUUUUUUACAUGGAUUUCAUGACUUUAAAAGAUUUGUUGGUGCCUUUUACCAAUCUUUGGUGCUUAUCAUUUAUUGUAAAGCAUUAGUUUAUUCUGAAUUUAAUUAAAAAAAAAGUAAAUUCUUCAUAGAGAAUUUCUAUUUUAAAAAAUACAUGAGAAGGAUAAUUGAA